AUGUAUUAUCGUGGCGGUUCUCUCUUUGACGACUCAUACCCCACACCCACUUCCCGGAAAUGGGAUCCAGAGGUUGUACUGGGGAUUCCCAACUGCCCUCCCUACUCUAUGACCUGUAUUGGUAUGACCAAGGCAGGUCGAAGAUGCCGAAGACAUAUUGCUUAUCACAAAGUCAACUAUGCAGUAAAUAUUAUCCAUGGGCUGGCUAGUAAGCCCGCUUUUGAAGCUGCGAAAUCACCGGAACUCCGCAAAGCAGCAGAGAUAUUGUUAUGCUGGCAACAUGACUACGAAAUUUCAGACAUACUCUUUCAAUGGCGGUCCAGCCUAAACGGCUGGGCUGACGAGCAUGACGAUACGUCCUCGUCUACUACAGACACCGAGUCGAAUGCAAAUACUUGGCGCCCCAAAAACAUACCCAAAGACGAACCUUAUAUAAAGAAAGAAGAGCCUGAAGACAUCCUAUAUCAAAGACUGCUGGAGUAUAUGAGAAGAGAGAAGGAAAUAAUCGACCACAUUAGUGCAAUGCGCCGGCAUAUUGAAGAGGAACAGAGAAGGAUGGAUGAGCAGAGAAGGAUGGAUGAGCAAAGAAGGGUGGAUGAGCAGAGAAGGAUGGACGAAGAAAGAAGGAAGCAUGAAGAGAGAAUAAAUGAAGAAAAUAGAAGGAGAGAGGAAGAGAGAAAAAGAGAGGAAGAGAGAAGGAAAGAAGAAGAGAGAAAGAGAGAAGAAGAGAGGAGGAAAGAAGAACAGAGAAGGAAAGAUGAAGAGAAAAGGAGAGAUGAAGAGAGAAAGAGAGAAGAGGAGAAAAGGAAAGAGGAGCAGAGAAGGAAAGAUGAAGAGAAAAGGAGAAAUGAAGAGAGAAAGAGAGAAGAAGAAGCCCGCGAGAAGGCGUUUCGCGAACGAGUCCGUCUUUCCAGGGAGAAGAGAGAGCGGGAAGCCAGAGAGCGGGUAGAAAAGGAGGCCGAAGAAUGGCGUUCUUCAUGGGAUCGAUAUUCCAGAGGAUGGAAUAGCAGCACUAAUACGGCCCUAAGAAACAUCCCCUGGCCAGUGAAGUCAGGGCAACUAUCUGACGUCAAUGAAGCUAACGUGAAGAUGUUCUUCGCCAAAGCACCACCACAAUCAUUAGUGAGUUCGGGCGAGAAACGCUUCAAGCUCCUAAAUGCAGAAAACAAGAGAUGGCACACAGAUAAAGUACUGCAGCGCUUCGGUCCAGACGUAGUGUACGGUCAUGCGAGGUUUGCCCUGAGUGCUAUUGCAAAACUUAUGAUCGAGUUGAGGCAAGAGGCUCAGAGGAAUCGGUAG